AGGGUUUUCCACCCGGUUGCUUUCACCAGUGCACACCUCGGCGGAUGUUGACGAGCUCACAUGCUGGCUCUGUUCUGGAUCGAGUGAAGUCUGAUUUAUUUCCAUGUAAAUCGCAAACGAAACCUCCACAUUAAGUCAGGAUGUCGGCAUCACUCAUAAGAAGAGGGCUGGAAAUGUUAAGCGACGACAUUAAAGAUGUCAGUAAGCCUAAGAAGAGUCAGGCCCGGAGGCGGCAGCAGACGCCCGGUAAGGCCGGCGUGAUGGAGCUGGUGAGCACCAAGCGGCAGGGAGUCACCAAGCAGGUGAAGCGGCUGCAGGGUCGCCUCGGGCCCGGCAGGAGUAAAGCCACUGUCAAAGACAAGAGGAUCAAGUCUGCUGUGGAGGAGUUCAGGAAGACGCAGAGGAAAAGUCAGAUGAGCGAGAACCUCAAGUACUUCUUGGCUCAGACCUCAAGCGACUUCAAAGCCCGAGACACCGACACCAUGAAGAUCCUGAACCACAAUUCAGGGAGGCGGUCCAGGAACCGGCGGGAACGUCCUGCCAAGAAGGCCGAGGAGCCGCGGUCGCUGUUCACAGAGGAGGAGUUCCAGCAGUUCCAGAAGGAAUACUUUGGCCGGACUGUGGAGGACAAGAAAUAAAAAUACAUCCAAAGACAAAGACGCUGCCGACACCCGGACUGUGUUUUAUGAUCUGCAGCGACAAAGUGGAUUCCUGCACCACCAAAGUUUUUUUUUUCUAUUUGUUGCACUGAACAUUUGAAGAAGAGACUUUGAGGUUGAAAGACUUGUAUAGGCUGCAUGUGGGCCGGCGUUAUGCCCGACAUGCUGUGACUGCAGGAAGAGUCUGAUCCACACAGUGACUCGUCCUGCUUGACCAAUAAUACACUGUCAACUUCUGAAGGACUUCUAGCAUCUUAAAAUAUCAGCAGUUGUACUCAAAAAUGCUCUUUGGUCAUUUUG